UUGUAAUUGUCCUGUCUUUACAAACACAGUGAGUGACAUACAAUGUAAUCUGUGUGACCAGGACCAGUGAGUCCAUGGAGGUAUUUAUCAUUACUGAUACUUGUUUUUUCCAGUUAAAUAGAAGUCUAUUCAAACAUAUAGAUGACUCACGAGCUCAGAAACAGUUUCUGGUAACAGUGUCGUACUUAGAGAUGAUGGAUGAGAAGUUUACUGACUUGUUGAAUCCUCACAACAAUGAAAUGAAAAUUAAGCAGCAUCCACAAAUUGGCAUUUUUGUUGAUGGAUUAUCUGAGAUGGUUGCGUAUAAUGCUGAUGACAUCGCAAGAUUGUAUGACCAAGGCACCAGGGCUAGAAAGAUGGGAGCAACUGAUAUCACAGCUCAUAGAACAAGAUCACAUGGCCUAAAUAACAGCACUGAAGGUGUAGAAGGUAAAGAUGCAAG